CAAACACAAAACAAACAACACUGCACACACAAACAUGUCUAUUGCAAAGCUAACUCAAAGCUUUCCUGGCUUUGAGCCCCAAUCGUCAUCAACGCGCCGAUGAGCGGCUUCGCCACCAGCCCACUCGCGACCGCAGUGACACGCGCCGGAGGCCUCGGAUACAUCGGGUUCCUGACCGACCGUGCAGUCCUCGAGUCGCACCUCCAGAUCGCGAGACAGGAAUCAACCACCUUCAGCAGCCCCGAUCCGGUAGUCUCUGGGCUGGCGCUGGGGUGGGCAUAUUCAACCAGGUCGAAAGCGCUGCUGAUAUCGUGGCAGCUGUCAGAGAGGGAGCAAGAACAAGAUUGCAGGGUGGGGGCACUUUGAUUUGAGAGACCACAUAGUACUUUUAGUCAUGUUGAUCAAGCAGUUUUGUUCCUUUUAGCGCAAGAUAUCCGCCGCUGCAUCCCGAGGGUUGGAA